AACUUCAGGUACUUGGGUGAAAUUCCCUCUUUUUCUUCGGACGACGCUGUAAUAAACACCUCAUCGCCCCAUUGCCCCAUCAUUUCUCUCUCAUCGUUUCUCUUUCUAAAGCCCUAAGCUUUUCCCGCUUAAGCUCUUUCUGUCCGGUAAUUUGAAUAAUCAGAAGUUGGAAGGUAAUGGCUAGAUUAUUAUCAAACGCUGUGUUCAAGGGCAUCGCCACUCUUCCAUCUGUUCGCUCUAGUAGAAACGCACUUGGAUCUUUCUAUGGGAAUAGGUUGAAAUACUCCGCAAAUGGCCCCAGUGACCCUGAUACACAUGAAGAUUUUAGACCCACUAAUAAGGUUCAGGGUUCUGCUGUUUCAUUGGAGGAUGUUGUUGAACAGGAUGUCAAGGAAAACCCUGUGAUGAUUUACAUGAAAGGGGUACCUGAUUUUCCUCAAUGUGGAUUCAGUUCACUGGCAGUAAGAGUUUUGAAACAAUAUGGUAUUCCUUUAAGUGCAAGAAAUAUUCUGGAAGAUCCUGAGCUGAAAAUUGCUGUUAAAGCUUUCAGCCACUGGCCCACAUUUCCACAGAUAUUUAUUAAUGGGGAGUUCAUUGGGGGUUCAGAUAUAAUUCUUAAUAUGCACCAGACGGGAGAACUGAAAGAAAAGCUCAAGGAUAUUGCAGCCAGCCCCAAGUCCGAAUAAAUCAUUGUUGAAUGGCAAAAACCUUUUUGUUUGCUCCUCUUCUUGAGAUGAUAAAAUGGGAGGUUUAUGUACUUGUGACCUUGCUUUGUUAAAUAAUUUUCAAUAGUAAGCUUAUUGUUUACCUAUUCUUUUUCCGGUGCCACAUUUAAACUUUUGCUUCUUGAAAAUAAAUUGUUUCCGACUUCACUCCGGUCCGUUAGCAUCAUUCUUGU